AUGUCCCCCCCAAAACCCAACGUCCUCAUCAUCCUCACCUCCCAGGCCGAAAUCCCCGCCACCCGCAACCAAACAGGCUGGUAUCUGUCCGACCUCGCCCAUUCCCACGAAAUCCUCAAAGACAAAGUCUCGCUGACCCUCGCCUCGCCGCACGGCGGCGACGCCCCCCUCGACCCGUCCUCCAUCACGCAAUCCGAGCACACAGACGACGUCGUCGCAACGGCCUUCCUGGCGCAGAGCCGCGAGAUCUGGGCGCACACGGCGCGCAUCCGCGAGAUGGUCGUGCGCGCCGCGGACUUCCAGGCGCUGUUCGAGGGCCGUCCCGGGGGAGUAGCGAUGUUCGAUUUCGUGACGGAUGCGUUCUCGCUGGCGCUGGUGCAGACGUUCGCGGCGGCGAAGAAGCCCGUUGCGGCGGUUGGGCAUGCAUCUGUGGCGCUGCUGAAUGCGACGGCGCCGUCUGGGGUGCCGCUGCUGGCGGGCACGACGGUGACCGGGUACUCGGUGGAGGAGGAGCAGGCGGCGGGGAUGGCGGAUGUGGUGCCGUUUCGGUUGGAGACGGAGCUGGAUCGCGUGUCGGGCGGGGGGUAUGUCAAGGCGGAUCGGAUCUGGGGGGAGAAGGUGGUUGUGUCGACGGCGGCGGGGACGCAGUCGCCGGUGAUUACGGGGCAGAAUACGGCGAGUGCGGCUGGGGUGGCGAGGGAGAUUCUGCGCGUACUGGGGGUGUGA